AUGGCACAAUUGGCUUGCAUGCUCGCGAUGGCUGGUGCAGCGUCAGCGCAACUCACGCUUGAUGGCAUCCGUUGCGGGCAGCUCACUUGUCAGUUUGACGAAUAUUGCUCACCGGAAACCAAUAGAUGUGCACCAUGCGCCAUUGUUUGCAACAAAACGCACCACAACUUCGACUCUGGACUUUGCAUCAAGGAAUGUCAAGGAUACCUCCUGGAUUUGCGGUACAUGCGACGGAGUGAGACUGCCUCUCCACCUUCUGACAUGAACGGUGUGCAACGACAGGCGCAAACUGCUUUAAUUGUAAGCUGUGUCGCGUUGGCUAUGCUGCUGCUGGUUCUUAUUAUAAUUUGCCGAGGUCGUCUUUCGUGGAGACACAUAAAGCAAAAACUACAGCCUUCUAAGAAUCGCGUCAAGCAAUACCCAACUGACUUAACACACCAUAAUCCACAUGCAGAAAUGCCGAAACCGAAACCAGACUUGAAAUUGGAAAUACGAAAUCCUGAGCCUCCGAAACGACAACCUUUGAACGUAAGAGACUUGGACGCUAGAACUCAGACCGAUAAGAGUCUGGGUGCUACGACUCCGAAGACCAUGAGUACAGCGGUGAGCAAUAGACACCCGGCGGAAGACACCACCCUUGACUUCUCGUACGAUAAUAUGGGCAUGAAUGUAACCCCACCCGAGCAAGCAGCGACCCACAAAUUCUGA